AUGGGAUUUCUGAGCAGUCUCUUGGGAAUUUUUGGUUUUGGAAUAGGGUCUCUUAUUGGUAUUUUAUUUGGAUUCUACUUCUUCAUUUAUUCUGAAAAUAAAGAUGUUGAGGAUCCGAUUACUAGGCCACUUUCGGAACUUGAAACAAUUUCAUUAGAAGAUCUAAUGCCUGAGAUUCCUUUUUGGAUAAAGUGUCCUGAUUAUGAUCGAGUUGAUUGGUUAAAUAAAUUUAUCUUAUAUAUGUGGCCUUUCAUUGACAAGGCCAGUCAUAGCAUAAUUAGAAGCACGGCAGAGCCUAUAUUUGCAGAGUACAUAGGGAAAUUUAAGAUAGAAUCAAUUGAGUUUGAGAAUCUAAGCCUCGGAAAUCUUCCACCAAUAAUUCAUGGUCUCAAAGUUUUUGAGACAAAUGAGAGAGAAUUGGUAAUGGAACCAGCUUUCAAAUGGGCCGGAAAUCCGAAUAUCAUUGUGACACUAACAAUUUCAUCCGUACAAGUCACAGUUCAGCUAGUGGAUUUGCAAGUAUUUGCCACACCACGGAUAACUUUGAAACCACUUGUGCCUACUAUUCCUUGUUUUGCAAACAUAGUUGUGUCUUUGCUGGAGAAGCCACAUAUUGACUUCGGAAUAAAAGUUUUGGGCGGUGACAUUAUGUCCAUUCCUGGCCUCUAUCAAUAUGUUCAGGAUACUAUCAAAAAAGAAGUAUCAAAUCUUUACCUUUGGCCUAAGUCUCUUGAAAUACCAGUCCUCGAUGCUUCAACAGUGUCCAUAAAGAAGCCUGUUGGAAUAUUGCGUGUUAAAGUUGUUCGUGCAACAAAGCUUCUGAAGAUGGAUUUACUUGGAUUAUCCGAUCCAUAUGUUAAGCUAAGGCUUGGUGGAGAGAAACUGUCGUCUAAAAAGACCACUAUCAAGAAAAAGACAUUGAAUCCAGAGUGGAACGAGGAGUUUAAGCUUUCUGUGAAGGACCCUCUGUCUCAGGUUCUUCAUAUAGAUGUCUUCGACUGGGACAAGGUAGGGGCACAUGACCGGCUUGGGACUCAGUUCGUUCCUUUGAAACUGCUGACUCCCAACGAGACUAAAGAAUUAGUACUUGACUUGCUUAAGAAUACAAGUAUUAAUGAUCCUCAAAGCAAAAGGCAAAGAGGGCAGAUAACGUUAGAGCUCACAUAUGCUCCUUUCAGAGAUGACCUUGAAAGUUUCAAUGGCUGUCUGGAUGGAAUUGCUCGGAAUGAUAGUCUACUCAACAGGGCAUCCAGCAGUGUAAGCCCGAAGGGAGCAGGUUUACUUCUAAUUACAGUUCAGGGAGCACAAGAUGUCGAGGGAUCACGUCACAACAAUCCAUAUGUGUUGGUAAUCUUUCGAGGCGAAAGAAAGAAAUCAAAGAUGAUAAGAAGAACUCGUAAUCCAAUGUGGAAUGAAGAGUUCCAAUUUAUUCUUGAAGAACCUCCUUCACAGGAUAAAAUUCAGAUAAAGGUUAUGAGCAAGCGCACGGUCAUUGGUUUCAAUUCGAAGGAAUCUUUAGGGCAUGUGGACAUUGAUCUUGGUGAUGUUGUGCACAAUGGACGUAUCAAUCAGAAAUACCAUCUAAUAGAUUCAAAGAAUGGAGUGAUACAUGUCGAGGCACGGUGGAAAACCAUAUAA